AUGUCGGACUCAUCAAGCCCAUCGACUCCCACGCAAUCAUCUCAUCAAGACCUUGCAAGCCUUGGCGAUCCAAUCAUCGUACGGAGGAUGAACCCUGAUACCACUACAGAUGAAGAGGUGGACAUCUGUCUCGAAAUAACCAAUGAAGCUUGGUCGAAAGCGGUGUUGAACACUUUGGAUACUGACGUCGUCCGUCUUUUGAAGAUGAUAUUGCCACUGCAUGUGGAUGGACAGCUCCCGAUAAGCUCGGUAUGGACGGCAGGCACCGCGACAGAACCGAUUUGCGCGGUGACUGUCGUUCAGCCCCCAGGAGCUGUCAAUCCUUCACUUACGCCUAUAGGCCAAGCUUACGCUCGUCACUACGAUCCGACCGAUGUGCCUGAAGAUUCUUUGAAUUUUAUCAAGGAACAUCUGCUGUCCAACUAUGCUGCAUCAAUAGAGACCACCGGGGACCCUGAAGACACGUACCGGAUUUCAACCACUUCUACACGGGAGACAUCGCGCCGUCAAGGAUUUGCAUCAGCGCUGUACUCUGUCACGGCCUCUCUUGGUCGAGCUGAUGGACAACGGACCUCGCUGGAAGUGUUCACUGAACAGGUGCCAGCGGGGCUCGAACGGCUUGGGUUCCAUGAAGUGUACAAGGCGCCGAUCGAAUGGCCAGGAUCCCACCAGCCCCCUGACAGUAAAGACACGCACUAUAGACCUCUCCAGACUGAUCCAAAUGAGGAGGCCAGCGGGACUCAUCUUGUCAUUCCUGACGAGACUUCGCCGGGCGCCAAUGAUAGGUUCCGGGUGUAUGCUAUUCCUACGUAG